AUGGUAUACGAAAAGUGUUGUGUUGGUGGUUGCAAUACAACACGUGAAACGCCCCGGCUUUUCAGAUUCCCUAGGAACGAUAAUUUAAGGAACUUGUGGUUGGCUUUCAUAUUGCCGACAAAUUCCCAGUUCAUUGUACUUUCCAAAGAACAGUUACUUAACAAACGUGUCUGUGAAAAACAUUUUGAUAUAUUUCAGUUCGGCAAUGAAGGCAGAAGACUUCGAUACUCUUACCCGUCUUUGAUUACUGACAAUGAAAUAGCUCAUGGUGUGCCUCUGACUGCAACUGGAUGGGAUGUCACAACUGAACAUAAUUACUGGAAAGAGCAAAAUGAAGAUGAUUUCACAGAAGCUGUGUUAGUGGUUAGAAAGCCUGGAAGUGAUGUUACAAUUGAACACAAUUACUACAAAGAGCAAAAUGAUUGUUCCAAAUCAUCGGUAGAGAUUGGAUCGUCAGGAAUUGAUUCUAAUGCUAAUGUGGUGAAACAAAUGAUGCCAAUAGGUAGCACAUGUACAAAAAAGCAAACAGAUUACAUGGCGAAGAAAAUAGUAUCAAGGAAAAGAAAAUUGGUUAAAGUUUUAACUAAUAUUGCAACUGAAACUUUAACGGAAAAAUGUAAAGAUGACUGGAAUAAAUUACGAAAUAGCUACGUCAACGCAUUGAAACGCCGUAAAAAUAAAAAAGUGGGCAAGCCGCUCAAUUUAUCCCGCCAUGGAAAUAUGAAGAACAAAUGA